UGGGCGACAAGUCCCGCCCCGCAGGCGGCACCGGAAGUGGCAGGCCGGGAUCAGCCUUUAAGAUGGCGUCUCCUCAGGGGGGCCAGAUUGCGAUCGCGAUGAGGCUUCGGAACCAGCUCCAGUCAGUGUACAAGAUGGACCCGCUACGGAACGAGGAAGAGGUCCGAGUAAAGAUCAAAGAUCUGAAUGAGCACAUCGUCUGCUGUCUGUGCGCAGGCUACUUCGUGGAUGCCACCACCAUCACAGAGUGUCUUCAUACUUUCUGCAAGAGUUGUAUUGUGAAGUACCUCCAAACCAGCAAGUACUGCCCCAUGUGCAACAUCAAGAUCCACGAGACACAGCCACUGCUCAACCUCAAACUGGACCGGGUCAUGCAGGACAUUGUGUACAAGCUAGUGCCUGGCUUGCAAGACAGUGAAGAGAAACGAAUUAGAGAAUUCUACCAGUCCCGAGGCUUGGACCGGGUCACCCAGCCCAGUGGGGAAGAGCCAGCCCUGAGCAACCUCGGCCUCCCCUUUAGCAGCUUCGACCACUCUAAAGCCCACUACUAUCGCUAUGAUGAGCAGCUGAGCCUGUGUCUGGAGCGGCUGAGUUCUGGCAAAGACAAGAAUAAAAGUGUCCUGCAGAACAAAUAUGUCCGAUGUUCUGUUAGAGCUGAGGUUCGCCAUCUCCGAAGGGUCCUGUGUCACCGCUUGAUGCUAAAUCCCCAGCAUGUGCAGCUCCUUUUUGACAAUGAAGUUCUCCCUGAUCACAUGACCAUGAAGCAGAUAUGGCUCUCCCGCUGGUUCGGCAAGAAAUCCUCUGAGAUUCAUCAAGAAGGAGGGCUUUUCUAUGUCCGUGGUCCCCCAGCGAAUUGCCAGAGGAGAGGGCUAGAGGACCCUACACAUGUAAAACUCAGAAGGUUCCAGAGGCUUCGCUUGGAAAAGUCUCCUCCUGUGGCCCCAUGAUCGUCUGGACAAGUCCCUGGCCGCUGGGAUGACCUUAGUCAGGCUCUGCUGUCAGCAGCCUCCUCCCUCUCC